GAAUUCCUUUUUAAUGUCAAAAAUUCCCCAAAAUUGAUUAUCGUCAUUUCGUUAAGGAUCUUUGUGGGGUUUGAUCGAAUUUGAUAGCGAAGGAGAGAGAGAGAGAUCGAAGCAGUGAUGGCAGGAACAUCUGGAUUGCUCAACGCCGUGAAGCCAAAGAUCCAAACGAUUGAUAUUCAGGCCGCCGCUGGAUGGGGAAUCGCCGCCGCAGCUGGUGCCAUCUGGGUCGUCCAACCAUUUGGUUGGAUAAAGAAGACAUUCAUUGACCCACCUCCAACUGAAGAGAAGUGAGAAAUCACCAAGAUUCAAGACAAAGUGAAGAGUUUUCCAGUUUCUAAGUUUGUUAUCGCCUCUUUGGCGUGGAGCUGAAUAAAUUUUGGUUCUUUUCUGGGGUUUUGUGUUUUCAUUUCUUCAAUGUAGUAGACUGAUUUGUCUUCUCAAAUGUUAUAACACAAGAAAAGCACAUUCUCCAAGUUAUUUGAAAAGAUAACCCAUUUUACAUUUA